AUGCGCACCAAAAGGAAGCCCCACGACGAAGAAAAGCGUGAGCGCAUUCGUACCAUUUCCUCCGAAGGUAGCCCCCUUUCAUUAUGUCGGAAUGUACACUGCUCUCCCCCUGGAGCACAUCCAGCUCUUUUCAAGCCACUCAACGAUUCUGCUUGGUGCCUGCUGGCUAUGAGAGUCUCGACUUCAAACCAGGGUUUGUGCCAGAGGCUCACCUGGAGCACAUCCAGCAUUUUUAAAGCAUUCAUAGUUUCUCCAUGGUGCCUGCAACUAAUAAAAGGUGACGUUCCUCUGGCCCUUCUUUGGUCUUUCAGCAAGCCAUGCAAGCCCACCGAGCAGCAACAUCAUUUGCAAAGCGUGCCUCACUUUCAAUCCACCCUCAACAACCCACGCACAUCGAGUAAAGCAGCCGGCUUAAUAUUUUUGUAAGUAAAUUUUAUAUUUAUUUUCUAUUUAAUUUCUAAGUGACCUUCAACUCUCCCAUCUUUGCCUUCUCUCUCUUCCUGACCAACAUCCUC